GUGACCAAGGUCUAAAGCACGGGCUGAAUUCGUUGGCUGCUUGUCAGAAUCUUUGCAGGAUGCAAUCUGUCGCGAGACAAGUGCGAGGCGUGAGUCGUUUAGGCACCCCAGUGCAGCUCCGCGUAGUAGCUACCUCAUCCCGCAUUCAAUGGCAAUGUCAACGGAGAGCCGCUAGUUACUAUAAUCCUCUGCAAUGGAUUCAGGAGAAGUUUGCCCCGAGGGCAAGAAAAGCGGAUCCAGCGGAGGAGAAGAAAAGAGGUGAGCAGGAGACACAGGGCCAGCAGAGCGUGUUCGAGGCAGCUGUGAGCCCGGAGAAGGGGGGAAGACCUAAAAGAACAUUUGCCGAAAGCGUUCCUACUGUCGUCAAGAAGAAGGCCACUGAACACAAAUAUUCCACGGCUAACUUCAAAAUUUCACAUCGGAAGCUCAAUAUGAUUGGUCGACAGAUAUCUGGCAAGCCAAUUGACCAUGCUAUCGUGCAAAUGCAAUUUAGCGAGAAGCGAGCCACGACCAGGAUAAAGAGCAUGUUGGCGACGGCCAAACUUCAUGCGACGGCAUACAAAAAUAUGGAUGCUUCCAAACUCAUCGUUUCGGAAGCCUGGGUGACCAAAGGACCCAAGCAACUCAAACGACUUGAGCCUCGGGGACGUGGAAAGUUCGGUAUUAGAGUUCACCCCGAUUCGCGCAUGCAUGUGAUCUUGAGGGAAGGGAAGACAUUUGAGCAAUUGAAGAAGGAGCAACGCGAGCGGCGUUUGAGAAGAAUAGUAUCCGCAGGGUUGGUUCGGGAGGACGUACCGCUCAGAAACCCUUCUCGGACCUGGCAGUGGUAGUCGUGACUAGUCUUAGUUACACUUUCAGUUGAUAUAUAAUCGAUGCUUUUAUUCGAGCGUGAGCCAU